AUGCCAUUUAUUGAAGACGAGUGGUGGUCCGCCGGGAACGAGGGCAGGAUGGUCGAUCUCUCCAAUUGCCUUCAGGACGCGGUGACCGCGAGCGGCCAGACGGCGACCCAGCUGCAGCUGCAGAUGGCCACGUCCCUGGGGGAGCUGUCCCAGGCCGAGCUGUCCAACUUCGUGGGCGGCCUCACGCUGGAGGCGGACGGCUCGGAGGCCGCCGACCCCGACGACAUCCUCAAACAACUGGGGGAGACGGCCUUCGACAACUUCGACACCUUCUUCACCGAUCUGACCAACUCCACGGCGACCUCCGCGCCCCCUGUGGAAAUAAAGCAGGAAGAGAACAACAAUGUGUCGUCUGCGUCCAGCAGCCAGUUACAGAACUCAUAUUACCAGCAGAGCAGCCAGCUCUCGCUACCCAACAACGGUCAACAGAGACUACAGCAGUUACUGAGAUCAGGGACCAGCGCCAUCAACCACGCGGUGGCCAAUAAUAUUAACAACGGACGAUACAAUAUCGCCUCCGCCAACCCACUGCUGGCGGAGAAGCUGGCGGCGACAUCUAGCGGCAUCAAGCAGGAACCGAUGAGCUCCGACUACAACGGAACCGGCAUGAACUACGGGAACGCCUCGCCGAUGCAGCGGGUGCCCAGUGGGAAGCCUCAGGUUCACGAUGCUGGCGGAGGAAAAGGUAGGGAUUUCAUUGUAGUUUGUUUUAAUUAUUUACAGCGCCACCUAUUGUCUAGUAGCAAAACGUAA